UAAUUAAUUCAUUCAACAAAUCAAUCAAUCAAUUUAUCAAUCAAUCAUUUAACAAAUAGAUAGAAAGAUAAAUAAAUAAAUAGAUUAAUAAAUAGCACAGUUAAAGUAAAAAAAGAUCAGACAGACAAAUACAAUUAUAGAUAGUUCCUUUCAAUUUUCUUUUUAUGAAUAAACAGGCACAUAGGCGCACAACGGAAGUUAUAUUCAACAGAAAUGCUUGUCCAUGUUCGUUCAAACUCUAUUAGUUGAAACCAAGCAUCAAAAAAUUAUGGGAUCCAAAAGUCUUACCCUCACAAUACUGUCCCUAUGAAAUACACAAGUCAUUAAGUAUGAGAAUGCUACAAGAUUUGGUACCUCUUGUGUAGAGAGAUGCAACAUUUGGUCUGAGGAAAGACUCACUGUUAAUUGGCCAUGUACAUAUGACAUAUCGGCUACUUGACGCACAAGACAAGAGCUUGCACACUCUUGAAUUUGAAAAUACUUAGUUUAAACAAUACAUUAUAUUUACAUGAUAAUUGACAAAUAAUAAAGUGUACGGAUUGAGUAGAAAGCUUGAAAAGCUUUUUUUUUUAGAAACUCUCUCUCUUGAAAAUACUAGAUGGUGAAGUGUACGGUCUUUCGUGAAAACGAACCCGGUAGAUCUUGGCUGGAGGGUUACUUUGAACUGACCCUUCGAACCAUUGGUAAAGUGAGAGCGAUUGUCUCCGAAGAAAAGGUUAAAAGAUUUUUUUUUAUUUCAAAGACAACCUUGAGGAGAAGUUAAAGGAUACAGAUUUACUGGGCUUCACAUAACCUAAGUAUCUGACAAAUACAUGAAUAGAGAUGGAAUUCCUUUUUAGUAGAAAUAUUGUUAAGAUCACAUGGUCAGCUGUUAUUGGAUAAAAAUUAAUAGGUCUAUAAAUCAUUUAAUAACACAUUUGAACAAGUAAUACACGGUUCAAUAGUGACUACUUGUGAAAUAAAUAUUGCUCGUAUCAAUAAUGAAAUGAUAUUGUUAUAAAUCUAUUCAUAUUUCAGGUGUGAAGAUUAACAUGUUUAAUUAAAAUGUUGGCAGUGUUCGGAAAUAUACGCAUGUGUGUUCGGUAUUACACACAUAUGGUCGGUAAAAGAAGAUGUCAGGUCUAAUAUAUAGAAUGCCUUAACUCUAUAGAUAAAGUGCGUAGAUAUGUGUUAUGUAAAAGAAAACUCAUAUUUGUCAAAGGCGAGUACUGCGUGUAUUAUCGAAUACUACUUAUUUCACCUUAAGUGUUCGUUAAUACCCACACCCGCUCUAAUGUUUAAUGACACACAUGAUACUUCACAGUUUGACAUGUUAUAUCUUUAUUUUUUCUAGGCUAAUAGUAAUGUUGAAACAGAAAUCAAUCCAAAAAUCAUAGUCAGAAGCAAUACAAGUUGUGCAAAUGAUUCUGAUUGCGGAAAUGGCAUGCAAGUAUACUAUUCAGAAAUAAUUGCCGCUACGGCCAGUGUUGAAGGGAAUUAUUAUUUGAAAGUCACAGCGAUGUACGGGAAUGAGAGCAUAGAGUCAUUCAGUUCAGAGUAUUCUGGCCAGAAAUAUAUAAUUGUAGAACAAGAUGAAGAACAAUUAAACAGCAGCGUAUACAUAUAUAUAGUAGUUGCUACGCUUAGUGUUUUUGCAAUAAUAGUAAUAACAGUAAUUGUACAUCACAAGGACAAGUACUUUCGAAGCAGAAGGUCGUCUGAAAAAGAAGACAAGGGAGUUAAUGAGACAUCUUCAUCUAAAUGUCAGUUUGAAAAUGGUGCGAAAGUGAAUGCUGAAAAAGCCGGCCUUCCUCAACAUAAAAUAAAUGAAAACGACGAAAAAAUGAAGUUUUUGUCCGACCAAAGUACAGAAUGUGUCGAUAUUGAUUUAAACUUUUGGAACACAUGGCGAUGAAAGAAUAGACAAAGCUAG